AUGACAAAGAAUACUCAGACUCAGAGGGUGACUAGAAAAAGGCCCAGAAUUCCAAUUCAAGAAAUGGUUCUUGAUGAUGAAGAGGACGAAGCGGUACUCACCAAACCUGCAAAGAAAAAAUCAAGAAAGAAGAUUGCUUCAGAGAAUGUGCAAGAUUUGCCUGUAGAAAUCAGGAACCGGAUUGCAGAGCUGAAUGGUACCAAUACUCAAUUUCUCAUGAGCAAGAAACUCUACAACACCGACGUCAACGCGAAUAACAAUCGUCUUUCACUACCAGAAAAUAGCAUCAAGUAUGAGUUCCUCAAUGAAGCAGAAAAAGAAUGCACUCGUGAAGGAGUUGGUUUGGAUGUGACUGUGUUGGACCCGUGUCUUAGAGAACACCCUUUAGUCUUGAAGAAGUGGAAGAUGAAAAGUGUGUUCGUCUACAAUCUAAUCAAGAAUUGGAACAAAGUCGCGUCUGAGAAUAAGUUCAAAAAAGACCAUGAACUCCAAAUUUGGUCUUUUAAGGUCAAUACCAAACUCUACUUUGUACUAAACAAAGUUUGA